AUGUUGGCUAAAGUUACGAGAACAAAUUACUGUGGUGCAGCAGAUCCAAUCUACUUAACAAUAAAUUUCGCUGGUAAAAUCAAUAAAGUAUGGUUACUACAGAUGAAGAACAUAGUGGGAUUAGCUAAUCUCACUUCUGGAUACAAUAGCGAGCAAAAUAGUUAUGUUAAUAACAACACCUAUGUGGACCCAGUGGUCGCAGUUUGUCGCGAACUUCUGAACAAAGAAAAAGAAAUGAGUCCUUCAAGACGCAGUUCCGCAUAUGCUCGAUUGGUCAUUGAGAAGUUGUUCCGAAAUAGGGCGAUUGAUUUAUGCGCUAUCAUGCCACCAACAAAUGAUCAACAAUUGGCUCAACAUCCUUUUCACCUUGUACAUGAGAUUAUCAACAGCAAGUCGUCAUUUUUUGAGACAAUUCUUGAAGCCGAUGAUGGCCUCUCUAAUGAACUCUGGCAAGAGAUACGCCAACAAGCCGAUUCAAGUAUCGAGGUACGUACGAAGGAAUAA